UUGGUGUGUUUUCUUGCCUUGUUUACAAGUAUGGGGUUUUCAUGGGUACGUGGGUUGAGAUGUCUGUGUUUCUUGGUAGAUUUUCUUGUUUUUAGUUUAAUAUACUACAAUGUUUUGCUGUUCUUGGUAGAUUUUUCUUGUAUUUUGUUUAUAUACUACAUUGUUAUGCUGUUCAUGUCGGAUUUUUUUGCUUUUGUUUGCUAUAUAUGUUGUGCUGUCCUUGAUAGAUUCUUUUUGCUGUUGUGUAAAAUAUUUUGCUUUCUUGUGUAUACUAUAAAAUAUGGUGCUGUUCUUGAUACAGAUUUUCUUUCUUGUGUAUACUAUACAAUAUGGUGCUGUUCUUGAUACAGAUCUUCUUGCUUUUGUACACAACAUAGGGUUUUGAAAAGAUUUUUUUUUAAUGAGCAUGUAAAGAUAUAAGAUAUCACUGUAUAUAUUUUUCUGGGUUUUGAAAAUAGGAGUAAUAGUGGGUUUUUGAUAUUUUCUUGCUGCUUGGUCUUCCAAUGUUGAUUCUCUUUUACAUUGGAAAUCGUUUCGUUUUCCGUUUUUGGUUAAAGGGUUUUGAAAAAGAGCCAGUGUUAGUGCUUACUAAGUUAGCCAGAAACGGAAAAUAUGCUUUAAUUUCAAAGCAGCUGUUAUCAGUCUUUUGAUUCCCUUAGUUCUGCUAAUUACUACUGCAUUAUUUAUUGUUAGUAGUAAAGUCACCACCUUUUAUAGUAAUUAGUCUUCUGCUUAUCCCUAUAAGAGAGAUUAUUUGUUUUAACAUUUUGCAUAUGAUAAGUAAAGACAAGAAUAUUGUACUACCAUUACUUACAAAGAAAAGAAAACUUUUUGCAGGGAUUCUUAGGUCUGCUUCACUCUCUGAGGUUGAAGUUUGAAAAACUGAGUUAUUAGAAUGUCGUCUACAAAAGGUGAAGCUACAGGAUCAAAACCAAACCGUGAUCUUAUGGCUCGACCAGGAACUGGAAUGAAAGGCCAGAAAAUUCGCCUACUUACCAACCAUUUUAAUGUAGGGAUGACCAAUGCUGAUGGGCACUUCUUCCACUAUAGUGUUGCUCUAAGUUAUGAAGAUGGAACUCCUGUGGAAUUAAAAGGCAUUGGAAGGAGAAUUCUUGAGCAGGUCCAUCAAACGUAUGCAGUGGAGCUAGCUGGCAAAGAUUUUGCCUAUGACGGGGAGAAGAGCUUGUUUACUAUUGGUGCAUUGCCUGGGAACAAGUUUGAGUUUGAUGUUGUCCUGGAGGACUCCUCUUCAUCUAGAACUGCUCGAGGCAGCCCUGGAGGGAGCCCGGGUGAUGGUGAUAGGAAAAGAUCAAAGAAACAGCCAUGGUCGAAGGCAUAUAAAGUGGUGAUUAAGUAUGCUGCCAAAAUACCUAUGCAAGCUAUUGCAAAUGCAUUGCGGGGACAAGAUUCUGAACAGUAUCAAGAGGCAGUGAGAGUGCUUGACAUAGUUCUGAGGCAGCAUGCUGCCAAACGGGGCUGCCUUAUUGUGCGUCAAUCUUUUUUCCAUAAUGAGCCUAGAAACUUUGUUAAUCUUGGUGGAGGAGUUUUAGGAUGCCGAGGUUUCCAUUCAAGCUUCAGGGCCACACAGGGAGGCCUUUCAUUGAACAUGGAUGUGUCGACCACAAUGAUUGUGCAGCCAGGCCCGGUGAUAGAUUUCCUUCUUGCGAAUCAAAACACGAAAGAUCCUUACCAGAUUGAUUGGGCCAAGGCAAAGAGGAUGCUGAAGAAUCUGAGGAUUAAGGCCAACCCCUCAAAUAUGGAACACAAAAUCACCGGCCUCACUGAUAUGCCUUGCAAAGAGCAGACUUUCAUGUUGAGGCAGAAAAAUGGGGAUGGGGGAGUGCACGAGGUUGAGCUGACUGUUUAUGAGUAUUUCACUAUUCAUCGGCGUAUUCCUUUACAGUAUUCUGGAGAUUUUCCUUGCAUCAACGUGGGGAAACCUAAACGUCCAACCUUCAUUCCUCUUGAGCUUUGCACUCUGGUGUCUCUGCAGCGCUACACCAAGGCGCUGUCCAAUCUACAAAGGGCUUCCCUAGUAGAACAAUCCCGACAAAAGCCCCAAGAAAGGAUGAAAACUUUGACCGAGGCUCUACAUGCCAGCAAGUAUAAAGCUGACCCACUUCUUGGGUCUGCUGGAAUUUCAAUCAGUUCUCAGUUUACUCAAGUUGAAGGUCGUGUCUUGCCAACUCCAAAGUUGAGGGUAGGAGAUCAUCAAGAUUUGUUUCCUAAUAAGGGAAGGUGGAAUUUUAACCAGAAGCUAUUGGUUGAACCGGUUAAACUUGAGCGUUGGGCUGCUGUGAACUUUUCUGCCCGUUGUGAUGUCCGUAAGCUUUGCAUGGAUCUACAAAGGUGUGGGAAAAUGAAAGGAAUUUUCAUCAAUCCACCAUUUGAACAUAUUUUUGAGGAGAAUCCGCAGUAUAGGCGCAGCCCUGCUCCUGUUAGAGUUGAGAAGAUGUUAGAAACGUUGAAAUCAACACUUCCAGGCUCACCUCAGUUCCUUCUAUGCAUUCUACCAGAGAAAAAGAACUCUGACCUUUAUGGCCCCUGGAAGAAAAGGAAUUUGGCUGAUCUUGGAGUUGUUACACAAUGCAUUGCUCCAACAAAAAUCAAUGAUCAGUACCUUACCAAUGUGCUCUUGAAAAUCAAUGCAAAGCUGGGUGGCAUGAAUUCCUUUUUGGCUACGGAGCUUUCCCCAACACUACCUCAGAUUUCAAAGGUACCAACUAUCAUUAUUGGGAUGGAUGUCUCCCAUGGCUCACCUGGACGAGCAGAUGUUCCCUCCAUUGCAGCGGUUGUCAGUUCUAGACAAUGGCCCUAUAUUUCACGCUAUAGAGCUGCUGUUCGUACACAGUCACCAAAGAUGGAAAUGAUAGAUUCUCUGUACAAGAAAGUAUCUGAUAACGAAGAUGAGGGCCUUUUCAGGGAACUAUUGAAGGACUUCUACACAAGUUCAAAGAAUGUGAAACCUGAGCAUAUCAUCAUUUUCAGAGAUGGAGUUAGUGAGUCCCAGUUCAACCAAGUCAUAAACAUUGAACUCAAUCAGAUUAUUGAGGCCUGCAAUCAUCUGGAUGAAAGUUGGUCUCCAAAGUUCACUGUUAUCGUUGCACAAAAGAACCACCACACAAAGUUUUUCCAGACCAACUCACCAGAGAAUGUUCCUCCUGGGACUGUGAUUGACAAUGCAGUUUGCCAUCCAAAGACCAAUGACUUCUACAUGUGUGCUCAUGCUGGGCCUAUUGGAACAACAAGACCUACACACUACCAUGUUCUGCAUGAUGAAAUUGGAUUCUCUGCAGAUGACAUGCAAGAACUGGUCCAUUCAUUGUCCUAUGUGUAUCAGAGAAGCACCACAGCCAUCUCUGUUGUUGCACCUAUAUGUUAUGCUCACUUGGCAGCAGCACAAAUGGCACAGUUUGUCAAGUUUGAUGAACUGUCAGAGACGUCCUCAAGCCACGGUGGAGUUGCAACAGCUGGUAGUUUUCAAGUGCCUGCAUUGCCUCCGCUUCACAGGAAUGUUCGCAGUUCCAUGUUUUUUUGUUAAAUUUCUGGUUCUGUAAUGACGAGUCUUAAACUCAGUACAUCGUUGGUGUUUUAUCAGUGCCAAACUUUUUGGCCAAGUCUCUCCAUUGGUGGAGAAAACUUAAGCUAAAGCUAAUUUCUGGCUAUGCUGUGAUGGAUGCCAGAAAUCUUUAGAUUAUAGUUGUGUGCUUUUUGUGUUUUGUCUUCAGUAAGACAUUGCAUUAGCUUUUCUUUGUAUGAUAGAGAAGUUUUAGGGAUCUUUACUUUUGCUGUUUAGACCUUCAGCAGAAUAUUUAUCUCUAUGACAAGAAUUUAGGUGGACUUUAAGAUUUGCUAUGAGA